AUGAAACUCACCACCCUCUCCGUCGUCCUUUCUAGCCUGGCUGUUGCCUGUGCUGCACCAUACGGUAGCGAUAAUAGCUCAGACUACUUACAGAGAGAGGCAACGCGCCAGAUGGACUUUUGGCAGCUACAAUACAACGGCUACAUGGAUGGAGUGCUUCACAGUCGCCAAUCUGGUUGCACACCAGACAACCUUCUCUACCGCAAAGAAUGGGACGCACUCACCAAGGAAGAAAGACUCGGAUAUAUUGGUGCCGUCAAGAAGCUCAUGGAGCUGCCUUCUCGGAGCCCGCCAGACCAGGUGCCAGGAGCGCGCAGCCGCUACGAUGACUUCAUCGCGACCCACAUGCAGUAUGCCACCGCAAUCCAUCACAGCGUAGGAUGCCCACAGAACAGUUCAAGAUGGUUUUUCAAGCUAAUCACAUGGUGUCUUCAGGGUCUGUUCCUCACGUGGCACCGCUACUUUACCUACCUCUACGAGCUUGCUCUGCGUGACGAGGCCGGCUAUAAGGGGGCGCACCCUUACUGGGACUGGACCCAGACUUGGCAAGACUGGCGCAAGUCGUCCGUCUUCGACGGUUCGCCAUACUCGAUGGGCAGUAACGGCAAGGCCAUCCCCCACGGCCCUGUCAACGACACGGCACUGGGGUCUACCCGCCUGCUUUACCCGGGCACCGGCGGCGGCUGCAUCGAGUCCGGCCCAUUUGCCAACCUGACCAUCCAUCUCGGCCCGGUGGCGCUCCUGCCCACUGGCAAGAACAAUGGGUUCAACUACAACCCGCGCUGCCUGAUCCGCGAUAUCUCGCCCGAGUGGAGCAAAAACGCCAAGCCCACAGACGUGGUGAACGUCAUUUCCGCAUACAGCGACGUCCAGUCGUUUGAUAUCGGGCUCGAAGGGCUGAAUGGCCUGCAUGCUGCCGGUCACUUCGGGGUUGGCGGCAUGAUGGCUGACCAGUACGCGAGCCCAUGUGACCCGGCAUUCUUCCUCCACCAUGGCAUGAUUGAUCGAGUGUGGACCUUGUGGCAGAGCCAGGACGCCCAUAACCGCACCUACCAGACAGGGAGGACUGUUACGGCGCACAACAACCCUCCUAGUGCCAACGCCACCCUCGACACUAUCAUGGAUUUUGGGAUUCUGGCGCCCAAGCAGCGACUGGGUGACCUCGUCUCGACUGUUGAUGGCCCCUUUUGCUACCAGUAUUUGUAG